AUGAGUUUACCUUACCUUAGGAACCCUCCAGAAGCACAGGUUUGCUUUCCAUUGGUUAAUACUUCAUGCCCUAGAAAUGAAAGGCCCAUGCCAGUUGUCUUUGCCAUGUAUGUGGUCAUGACACUUGCUACAGGGAUGACCAUGCUGGGCAACAUGGCUGUGAUCGUUUCCAUUGCCCACUUCAAGCAGCUCCACUCCCCAACCAACUUCCUCACCCUCUCCAUGGCUACUACUGACUUUUUGCUGAGUUGUGUGGUCAUGCCCUUCAGUAUGGUCAGGUCCAUCCAUUCCUGCUGGUACUUCGGAGACCUCUUCUGCAAACUUCACAGCUGCUGCGACAUCCUGCUCUGCACCACCUCUAUUUUUCACCUCUGCUUCAUCUCAGUUGACCGCUACUAUGCCGUGUGUGAGCCUCUGCACUAUGUCACCAGAAUCACUGUGCCUGUCAUAGAGUUCUUCCUGCUUAUCAGUUGGUCCAUUCCCAUCUUUUUUGCCUUUGGCCUGGUCUUCUCAGGAUUAAACAUAAUUGGUGCAGAGGAUUUUAUUGCAGCCAUUGACUGCACAGGUUUGUGUGUGUUGAUAUUUAACAAGCUCUGGGGGGUUCUGGUUUCCUUUAUAUCUUUCUUUAUUCCUGGGACAGUCAUGGUGGGGAUUUACACACACAUUUUCAUAGUAGCCAGGAAGCAUGCCAAGCAAAUUGACACAGUUCCUAGGACAAAACAGGCUGACUCAGAAAGCAGAAUGAAACCCACCUCCAAAAGAGAAAGCAAGGCCACCAAGACUCUAAGCACAGUCAUGGGAGUGUUUGUGGUGUGCUGGCUGCCUUUCUUUGUCUUGACCAUCGUAGACCCUUUCAUUGAUUUUACAACCCCGGAAGAUUUGUGUAAUGUCUUCCUCUGGUUGGGUUAUUCCAAUUCUACUUUCAAUCCCAUUAUUUAUGGUAUGUUUUACCCUUGGUUUCGCAAGGCACUGAGGAUGCUUGUCACAGGGAAGAUCUUUAGGCCUGAUUCUUCCACUCUGAGCUUGUUUCCUGCCCAUUCUUAG